AUGCGCUCAACAACGCCACCACUUUACUACAGGCGUCCAGAAGGCGUCCCCGUGUCGUACUACACCGCUGUGGCGGCAAGAGAAGUACCGCCUUCGCUGCGCGUUCCGCCAGCUGCAGCAUACAACCGGGGUCCUGCAAUGCCAACAGGCAGUGCCCACGCCGAUCAGACGAGUCAUGUGCCACUAUCGUGCUCCUCCAACACCAUUCCUUCGGUGCCGCCGGUGGCCAAUCCGUUCGGUGUGAGCAAUCCGUCCCCGCGAGCUUCCGUGACGGGUGACACCCCUGCAGACCUCCUCCAGCAAAGCACAGCUCGCUGGAGCACCACGGCAAACCAAUGCACACACACAUUCUCGGCGCUGGAGACCGAAGAGGCGUCGCUGUUGCUGGAAGAGCAAGCGAUGCGGGCAAAACUGGCAGAGUUGCAGCUCACGCGGCAGCGCCAGAGUGAGGAACAGCUGAACCUCAGCCAAGGGUGGGCGGCGCUGCUUGACCGUGAGGAGCGCUACUUCACAGAGCCGCUUGUGGACAUGACGGAGGAGGUGCUAGCGAGGGAGCAGCAGUGUGCGCUCCUGCAGGACCAACUCCAGCAAGCGGAGGCACACCUGGAGACGCUGCGCCGCGAGCAACAACAGUACGACGCGGUGGUGGAGGAGAAGCAAACCUUGGAGAAGGAAAUGCAGCGAGUGCGUGAGGGAUUCCUGGCAAUUGAAGGGCGGCGUAAGGCAUGCCGAGUGCGGGCAGAACGUCUCUUCGACGCGGAGUCCAAACGCGCGGUGGAGGCGGCACGCCGUGUACGUGAACUCGACGCACAUCUGAAGGAUAUGACGUCCAGCGGGCCGUUAGCGGAGGGGCGGUCGGCGCCGUCGUCACGCUCCACAUCGCGCGGUGUCACGUUUGCGCAGAAGAGUAUCAUUCUCGACGUUGGCCCCAACGCCGGGGAGGGGGGGGACGAGGAGGGGGGCGCUGACGCGGGACUCACGCAAGGGGUUGGAGACGCUUCGGUGUGCCUGCAGGACGAUGACGAGGGCGAUGAGAACAACUUGGGCGGCAUCGGCGGAAUGAGCGCGGCGUACUCCCUCAGUCUUCUCAAACGCACGCGCGUAGAGGUUCCAACCGCCUGA